AACAUAAACUUUGCAACAUCAUUUGGCUAAGGAUAUCCAGAAGUCAUUAAAUAUAUUGUUCAAAAAAUACCCAUCGACCUGCUAAAUAUUUCACACAUGGAGUUGCUUCAAGGAUAAAAGUUAAAAUCAUCUUGAAUAGUCAGCAGAUAAUUGAAUAGCAACUAAAGAAGUGAACGACAGGGACACAUAAGCACCUGGAGGAAAAUUACCAAGAAUUACGCAUCGACGCCCUCCACUCCAAUUGGUUUUGAAAUCAAUUAUGUGAUUAUAUCAUACGUACUAAGUAAACUUAAACAAAUAUCCUAUAUUGGGAGUUUUCAAGAGAUGAGCUAUGAUUUGGGAAAUACUUACAUUACUACAGAACAGACAUGUUGUCCCGGUUGGGAAACCCCUUUUGUCCCGAUUUCCCAACUGGGACUGCUAAGGCGGGACAAAAGGGGAACCUUUCGUCCCGGGUCAGGCACUCAGGACAAAUGAGGACAUCUUGAAUUCAGGUCAAUUUUUCAUCAAAUCUCUUAACUGAAUUGCUGGAGGCCUUUGAGAACCUUCAGAAUCUCAAGCAACAAGUCAAAGCUCGAGCUAGAUUCUCAAGCCGACUCUCUACUGCUCAAUGGCCGACGGGCGAUGGCUUGACCUCGCUCCUCCGUUGCUGGCCGCCGCACUCUCGAGUCUUGACUCCUUCGCCAGCUGCCGCACUCUCGCCUUCUCCCCCGUCUCCGGUGAGUCGAUCUGCUGCUCCAGUCGUCUUCUCCAGUUCCGGGCUUCGGUUGCGCAAGUCUCGUGUGUUGCCUCGAGCGGGUGUGGUGCUAUUGGGACAGUCAGAAGAACAAUUGGAAUCAUCUUACAAUAUUGUCAUCAUGAGCCAGGUUGUUCAGGUGCUGAAUUCAAAGUGGCACUCACUGCAAAUCAUUUCAAAGAUGUGAUAUCAAUUCUUGAUCCACCACAAAAGGAGAACAGGAAUAAGAAGAGGAAGAGGUUUGUUGACCCACCACAAAAGAAGAAUAGGAGUAAGAAGAGAAAGAGGAAGGCUGCAUAGAGAUAAGAAGAUAAGAGGAAGGCUGCAUAGAAGUUGUAUGUCUCUCAUGUCAUGUUGUUCCUGUAUCAAGUGAAGCUUCUAUGCCUGAUUCCUGGUUGGGUAGCUUUGUAAGUUCUCUUGUAACUGUUCUGUUCGUUCUAAUUAAUUCCUGUUGCCGGGGGGCUUUGCCCCAUGGUGUUUGCUUUCAAAAAAAAAAGGUGACAAGUUAAUGUCUGUCAUGUUGUAUCGGGUGACAAGUUAAUGUUAUUAUGUUGUACUUCCUCCGUAUUUUA